AUGUCUGAUAACAAUUGGAAAGAAAAUUUAAAUAUUCCUAAAAAGGACAAUAGACCACAAACAGAUGAUGUUCUUAACACUCAAGGUAAAUCAUUUGAAGAAUUUAAUUUAAAAAGAGAAUUAUUAAUGGGUAUAUUUGAAGCUGGUUUUGAAAAACCUUCACCUAUUCAAGAAGAAUCAAUACCAAUGGCAUUAGCAGGAAGAGAUAUAUUAGCAAGAGCUAAAAAUGGUACUGGUAAAACAGCUUCAUUUAUAAUUCCAUGUUUACAAUUAGUUAAACCCAAAGUUAAUAAAAUACAAGCUUUAAUAUUAGUUCCAACUAGAGAGUUGGCGUUACAAACUUCACAAGUAGUUCGAACUUUAGGCAAACAUUUAGGAAUACAAUGUAUGGUCACCACUGGUGGUACAUCAUUAAGAGAUGAUAUAGUUAGAUUAAAUGAUCCAGUUCAUAUAUUAGUUGGUACUCCAGGUAGAGUAUUAGAUUUAGCAUCAAGAAAACUUGCUGAUUUAUCAGAAUGUCCAAUAUUUGUAAUGGAUGAAGCCGAUAAAAUGUUAUCAAGAGAAUUUAAAAAUAUUAUAGAACAAAUUUUAGAAUUUUUUCCAAAAAAUAGACAAGCUUUAUUAUUUUCUGCAACUUUCCCAAUAACAGUUAAAUAUUUUAUGCAAAAUCAUUUAAAUAAACCUUAUGAAAUUAAUCUUAUGGAUGAAUUAACUUUAAAAGGUAUUACACAAUAUUAUGCAUUUGUUGAAGAAAAACAAAAAUUACAUUGUUUAAAUACUUUAUUUUCAAAAUUACAAAUUAAUCAAUCAAUUAUAUUUUGUAAUUCAACAAAUAGAGUUGAAUUAUUGGCUAAAAAAAUUACAGAAUUAGGUUAUUCAUGUUAUUAUUCUCAUGCAAAAAUGCCUCAACAUGCAAGAAAUAAAGUAUUUCAUGAAUUUAGACAAGGUAAAGUUAGAAAUUUAGUAUGUUCAGAUUUAUUAACAAGAGGUAUUGAUAUUCAAGCAGUUAAUGUUGUUAUAAAUUUUGAUUUUCCAAAAACUGCAGAAACUUAUUUACAUAGAAUUGGUCGUUCAGGUAGAUUUGGACAUUUAGGUUUAGCAAUUAAUUUAAUGUCUUGGAAAGAUAGAUUUGCUUUAUAUCAAAUUGAACAAGAAUUAGGAACAGAAAUUAAACCAAUUCCAGCACAAAUUGAUCAAAGUUUGUAUGCUCCGUUACAAGAUUAA